AUGUACUCGAAUGCUAUUAUGGCCAUGUUGGUCGCUGCCUUUGCGGCCAACCCUGCACUUGCUCUUCCUGAAGCGCAGGGAUGGAAGCACCACAGCCGCGACGCUGGUGGUCGAUUUGACGUCUAUCUAUCCACUGAUAUGGUUAGCGUCGGCGCCUCGAGCCCACACUACGCUUACCAACAAGCCUACCGUUUCUGCGAGAGAUCCGCCUGCGUUCCUGGCAAUUCGUACACCUACGAUGUCACAAUCUACACCUCCGGUGGAACGUAUGCGCAACAAGAACAGGGUAAACUCACUGUCAAGGCCGAUGGUGACUACGACAACGCGUGGGGGGAAUGGGACUGGAAGGAGAGGAACGGAUUAGUGAUAGAAGCGAUCGCUGCGGCUGGCGACGCUGCGGCCAAGGUGGACACAGUCCAAACUCAGUCCGGUCCAGGACUAUCUGGCCCGGAAUGUGAGAAGAACCCUGCCGCUUGCAAGGGCCCCAAAUUCAAGACUACCAAUUACUGGAGCUGCCCUAGUCAGGUCAAGGCGGUCAUGCUCGAUAGCGAAGGAAAGGAGAAAGGCCAAAUCACUGUUUCCCUCAGCCUCGAAGCCCCGAAAUUCGACCUUGGUGCUCUCAUCUGUAAUGACGUUAAGCCACUGGUUGACAAGGCUCUGGGCACUGUCGAAAAUGCGUAUGGCGAAGCCAUUGGUAAGAUCGGAGACAUUGCUUGCAAUAUUUUCGGUUAA